AUGUCCACUCUCGCGAUUGCUGGCGGAUCGUCCGCCAGUCUCGGCCGUGCCCUGACAGCGGCGCUGCUCUCGUCGCGGACCUCUCCCGCAUGGAACGCCGUGAUCCUGUCGCGGUCGCCCAACCCGCCGUCUUGGCUGCGAGCUAUGGACCCAGACAGCUUACGCACGCAGGUCCGCACCGUUGACUACCUCUCGACCGAGUCGCUCACAACAGCGCUCAAGGGCGUGCACACGGUCGUCAGUGUCACAUCGGCGAUUGACGGCACGCAGGGCACAAUCCAGAUCAACCUGCUGAAGGCAGCGCUGGAGGCAGGCUGCAAGCGCUUCGCGCCGGCACAGUGGGGCUUUGGCUUCAGGGGCUGGGAGAACGUUAGCUCCACUAAGUGGGCUUUUGAGGGCGUGUGGGAGGAGUGCGAGAAGCACUGCGGCGAGAUUGAAUGCGCCCGCUUCAAUCACGGCUCGUUUAUGAACUACAUUGGCCACGGCAUCUUCCCUGUGCCUGCUAAAGUUGACAAGGACACGCUGUUUGAAGAGAUGAAGAAGGGCGGCGGCUACGCUGCCGGCGAGGACGCCGCGAUCCAGGGCCUGGCAAGUAUGGUUGGCGACACCGUCACCAUGGGCGAACUGGUCGCCCACGCCGAAGCCGUCACGGGCCAGAAGAUGCAGGUCAAGGCCAUCACCAAGGCCGAGGUCGAGAAGCAGAUGUCCGAACUGGACGAGCACAACUUCAUGGGCAUGCUGUGGUCCGAGUUCAGGUUGGCGUACAUCCGCGACGACGAGGAUGAGGUCAUCCUGCGGCCUAUCCUCAAUAAGCUGUGCCCAGACGUGAAGCCUGUCAGCAUCCGCAAAUUCAUGGAGACACACUGGCAGGCCAUCUAG